GAAAUCAACAUCAGAAUGUAUAAAAGAUUUUUUCCAAUGUAGAUAAAAUAACCAAUUCUAAAAUCUCUAAUAGAAAAAACUAAAUAAGAAAAAAUUUAGCCUAGUAUCUGUUAAAAAAAAAAUUACGGGACCACAUGGAAAUUUCAGUCCCGUCCCGGUCCCGCCGGGACCGAGACCACUUUGCAGUACCCUACUUGGAAACAGCUUUUUCCUUUGGUUAUAUGUCAAGAGUACUAAAUGCUUUGUAUACUUUGCCUCUGUUUGAUAUUUCCAUCAUCAAAAACAUUGUUCAAAAUACUUAAUGACUGAAGAAGUCUCUGCUGUUUUCCUCCGUGCUUUUAAUCUACAAUAAAUAUAUUUCUAUUUAAAAAAAAAAAAUUAGUUGAUGUUUUUGAUCCAAAUCUUGUUUCAAUACUUGUAACUGAAUCUUAUUCUGAUCAUGUUGUACCACAUACAAUGAAAUCAAUAUCAAAUGAUAAAAAACAUUAUGAAAUAUCCUUUAUACCAAAUAUAGCUUGUCAACAUAUUGUAUUAAUAUCCUAUAAUGGAAAACUUCUAUCAACAAAUCAUGUUAAUGUUUGUAAUAUAAAUAAAAUACAUGUUAGUUCUAUUAAUAAUGGUAUUGUUGGUAAACCAUUGAUAUUUUCUGUUGAUACACAUGGUGUUGGAGAUGGUCAUUUAGAAGUUACAAUUAGUGAUGGACAACGAAUAUUACCAGCUGAAUUAAAAAGUAAUGAAACAAAAAUAUUUAAUAUUUCUUUUAUACCUGAAAUAAGUGGUUUACAUUCAAUUAUUGUUUCAUUUAAUGGUAUUCAUAUUGAAGGAAGUCCAUUUAUGAUUAAUAUUGAUGAUCCAUCAAUAAGUGAUGAUAAGAGUUUAGAUGAAGAUGAUGAUAAUGAUUUUGAAUUUUUAAUUGGUGGACAAUUAGAAGGUACAAAAGUUGAUGAAAUAGCUUGGGUUAUUUGUGAAACAUCAUUAACUGAUAAGUAUGAAGAUUUCAGUUUAUAUGUAACUGAUCCAGAUAAAAUUAUAAUAAAACAUACACGAAUACAAGAUUUCGAUGGACGAUGGCGUAUUGAAUUUGAACCAACUAAAACUGGUAUUUAUCAAAUACAAACUGGUAGUGAUAAACCACAAAUAACUCUUGCAUCAAUGGAUGUAUUAUCAUUAGAAUGUGAACGAUAUAUUUAUGGUGAACGUAUUGUUUAUUCUAAUGCUCAUAAUUUUAUUUCAAUUAUUUCUGAUAAUGACGAUAUAAAAGUACAAUUAAUAUCUUCUAAUAAUAAUGAAAUUCCAAUUGAAAUGGAAAAACAUUUAUUAGAAUGGAAAAUUUAUUAUUCAUUAACUGCAACUGGUCAUUAUCAAUUGAGUAUUAUAGAUAAUGAUGAAAAACAAUUAUUUGAUAUAUAUUGUAUAGCUGAAAAAUUGGAUAUAUUUCGUAAUGGUGGUAUUGAAGAUAUAACACGAUUAAUUAUUGAUCGUAAUAAAAUUAUUGGCGAUGAUAUUAAUGUUAUUGUUAAAGAUGCAUUAGCUCAUACAAUUCCAGCUGCAUUUUAUCGAAAUUUAAGUAGAGAUCUUGUUAUUGAAUAUAUACCUGUUCGAAUAGAUGAACAACAAAAAAGUUAUGCAUCAACAUGUCCAUGUGAAACUCAUUUAGCAAGAACAUUUGCUGAAGGAAUAUUUUCAUAUGAUGUUGAUACGCUUUUUGAGUUGAUAUUUGGUGAUAAUUCAUUCUCACGAACUUAUCAUGAUUCACAAAAAUUAUUAGAGUAUACUAUUGGUGAAUGGUAUAUUAAUAAUGAAACUGGUAAACGAGAACGUCAAGUAACAUAUAAAACAAUAACUCAAUCGAUUCUUGGUACUAAUACAAUUUUUUGUAAUGAAAAACAAAUAGUCGAAGAAGAAAAAUCUCAUUCAAUAUACAUUGUUCGUACAGAUGUCUAUAAUGAAGGAAUGCGAUAUACGGAUGCAUUUUUUGUUUCAACACAAUUUUGUAUGAUUCAAUGUGAUAUUGAACAUUCUUCAUUACGUGUUAGUGCUGAAAUAAAAUACGUUAAAAAUGUUAAUGCAAUUGCUAAAACAUUUAUUGAAAAGAAUGCUAAUACAUCAAUUGAAGGUGGUGUCAAUAAUCUAAUUCGUAGACUCAUAAAACAACAAGAUAAAAUAAACAAUCGUGAUUCGAAUCGAAAGCAAAUAUCAAUAUUAAAACAACGUGAACGAAAAACAAGAGAUUAUAGUACAAGUCAAGAUGAAAAGAAAAAUGAUGCAAUUUUAAAUUCUAUUAUAUCAUCAGAAGAUGAAGUAGUACUAAACGAACAAACCACUACUGGAAAAAAUCUUGCAUACAGCAUAGCUUUUUGUUGUGGCAUUUUUCUUCUUAUUCUUCAUACUUAUCUAUGUUAUAAAUUGCAUUCUAUUGACCAAGCAUUAUAUGCACCCAAUCUUACAUGUCUAAAUCGAUGUAAAGAAGGUUUGUUAUUCUACUAA